CAGCGCCACUUUUGAUGGUUGGGGCCCGGCCCUUUACCGGCCAACGCCGUGGAGGAUCGCGUCAUCGUAACGUUCCUGGGAUCGGCACACGGUGUGAGGACGGUGAGCGCCGGAGAGAGCUCAGGGUGAAUACCGUGCAGCACAAGGCAACAGAGUACGGUGAAGUCGAACGCGUACACAUUUUUAAAACGGCACCGCGACAAACCCAGAGAUGCCGUACAUUUUCAACACGCGGGUUCUGCCUCAGCCGAGGCCCGCUCCGAGCCCGACGCCCGGCCACCCGUUCAUGCACGGCUCCUCGGGGAACUACCGCAACACCGCCAUCAGCAACCGCAACGCGUACCUCAUCGACACGCAGGGCAAGGGCUUCGAGGAGCUGCGCAACUUGUGCCUGAGCCACGAUGUGCUCUUCGAGGACCCAGACUUCCCCGCCCACAACAACUCCAUCUACUUCAGCCAGAACGCACCGAUGCAGUUCCAGUGGAUGCGUCCCAAGGACAUUUGCGAAAACCCGCAAUUCAUCAUUAAUGGGGCGACGCGCACAGAUAUACGGCAGGGAGACCUUGGUGACUGCUGGGUCCUGGCAGCCAUCGCUUGCAUGACCUUGAACGAGGAGCUGCUGGCUCGCGUCAUCCCGGCAGGACAGAGCUUCGAGGAGAACUACGCCGGCAUCUUCCACUUCCAGUUCUGGCGCUUUGGCGAGUGGGUGGACGUGGUGGUGGACGACCGACUGCCCACUUUCAACAACCAGCUGGUGUUUGUGCAGUCGGCCGAGCGUAAUGAGUUCUGGAGCGCCCUGCUCGAGAAGGCCUAUGCCAAGGUCCAUGGCUCCUACGAGGCCCUGAAAGGAGGGAACACGACCGAGGCCAUGGAGGACUUCACGGGCGGUGUGACGGAGUACUUCGAGAUGAAAAACCCUCCCAAGGAUCUCUAUAAGAUCAUGGUGAAAGCAACGUCCCGUCGCUCACUCAUGGGCUGCUCCAUCGACGAUGGGAUGUGCUGGCGCUGCGGGAUCCCGGCUCCCGACAGCGUCGGCCUCGUCCGCUCCAAGUGCGACAGCUGCUGCGACGAAGAGGACCACGACCACGACCACGAGGGCGAGCAGGAGCAGGACCACUCGCACCUGCACCCCCCGGCCCAGGCGAGCGGUGGCUCCCCGCUGGCGCGCGGCUUCCCGCGCACCCCGUUCUCGGCGCUGCCGGACCCCUUCUCGCCGGGGCCUGGAGCGUCGUCAGCACAGGGAGGCGACAUCAAGUUUGACUUCCCCGACGGAGGCGGAGGAGGACGCAGCCUGACCAGGGAUAGCAGCGUUAGCGGCCCCAUCACGCCCAAGAUCGCCAUGUUGACGCAUGCAGAGUCGCGGACGCCCAUGGGGCUCGUGCGAAACCACGCCUACUCCAUCACGGGCUUGGACGAGGUGAAGCAUCGCAGCAAGAUCGUGCAGCUGGUACGACUGCGAAACCCAUGGGGUCACGUGGAGUGGAUCGGGCCGUGGAGCGACGCCUCCAAGGAGUGGAAUGAAAUCACGCCGUCGGAGAAGCAGCGCCUUCAACUCAUCAGCGCCGAGGACGGGGAGUUCUGGAUAUCCUUCCAGGACUUCUGCCGCAACUUCACCAAGCUGGAGAUCUGCAAUCUGUCGCCGGACGCGCUCGCCGACGACCGCACCAACAAGUGGACGGUGUCAGUCAGCGAGGGCCGCUGGGUGCGGGGCUGCUCGGCGGGCGGCUGCCGGAACUACCCGGACACCUUCUGGACGAACCCCCAGUAUCGACUGCAGCUCUACGACGAAGACGAUGACCCCGACGACAGCGAGCUGCUGUGCUCCUUCAUCGUCGCGCUCAUGCAGAAGAAUCGACGCAAGGAGCGCAGGCAGGGCAGCACUAUGCUCACCAUCGGAUUCGCCAUUUACGAGGUGACUGAGGAUCUUCGCGGCAGCCGGGAGCACCUGCCCAAGGACUUCUUCCUGUACAACGCGUCGCGCGCGCGUUGCAACUCCUACAUCAACCUGCGCGAGGUGACGGAGCGCUUCCGCCUGCCGCCCGGCGAGUACGUCAUCGUGCCGUCCACCUUCGACGCGCACCAGGAGGGAGAGUUCCUGCUGCGGGUCUUCGCCGAGAAGCACAACGUGUCGGAGGAAAUGGACGACGUCAUUGGCGUGGUUGGUGGCAAGAAGAAGAAGAGCAAGAAGAAGAAAAAGAAGCCAAUCGUCUUUAUCUCGGACAGAACUAAGAAAGGGCAGCAACAGCCGGAAUCUCCGGACGAGAACGAGUCGGAAGAUGGAAACGAGUCAAAUAAGUUGGCUGAACCUGGAAAUCCAAAGGAACCAGACCUGACCCCAGAGGAUAAGCAGUUCAAGACAAUCUUCAAGCAGCUGGCCGGAGACGACAUGGAGGUCGGUGCCUGCCGCUUACAUAACAUUCUCAACAAAGUCAUAACCAAACACAAAGACCUGAAGACGAGCGGCUUUAGCCUGGAGAGCUGCAGAACAAUGGUGGCACUCAUGGAUACGGACCUUUCAGGAAAGCUGGGCUACAAUGACUUUAAAUAUCUCUGGGAUAAGCUCAAGUUCUGGCAGCAAAUAUUUCGCAAGUACGAUUCUGACAAAUCUGGUUCCAUGACUUCCUACGAGAUGCGCUUGGCCAUCAACGAGGCCGGCUAUCAGCUGAACAACCAGCUCUACCAAAUAAUCACGCUGCGUCACGCCGACGAGAACUUGAACAUUGGCUUCGACAACUUCAUCGCCUGUCUCAUAAGGCUCGAGGCGAUGUUCCGAGCAUUCAAGGCCUUUGAUAAGGAUGGGGAUGGCAUUAUACGUCUCAACGUUUUGGAGUGGCUCCAGCUGACAAUGUACGCGUAAGAAGAGAUCGCAGUGUGUUGCCGAACCACAGACAUGCAAUGAGUGAACAAAGAAGGCUCAAAGUAGAGGAAUGCGACCUUGGGAACUUACGUGGCAUUCAUCAUAGUUCUAUCGGUGUGAGAAUGCAUUCAUGUUUAUCUUGUUUCAAAACAACAAUGCUCACAACACAAGUCACGUCUCUCUGUUCAUUGAUGUAUUAUCACGUAGCAGCAUGCUGUGAAUAUACCUUUAGGAGUAUUUGGUCUGUGUGAAGAAUCUUCAGGGCCUCGCUGCUGUCGGAAGUUUAUGCAAAGGCUAUCGUGGCAAGAGGUCACACGUUUGGCACAAUGGUCCUUCACUGACUAUGCGUGAUGAAUGAAGAAUCUUCACCUGUAGGUACCAUUGUAGGAAAAUAAAAUUCAAAUAGAAGCUUGUAAUGUACGUAUGUAUAUUGAACUUCUUUCGCGCCGUACGUAGCCAACCGUGCCCUACCUUUUUGUACUAAAGUGCAAGGAGGUUUAUUGCAUGAUCCAACUUGCUUGCAGUCUAAAAUUGACAGAAUUAAAUUUCGGAGCAUGUGUCAUAUUGUAGCCGAGUGAUUGUGGUUGCAUAUCUUGUGUGCGAUGCAGCAUCUAUCAUGGUCACUGUAAUACAGUUUGUAUUGUUAAACAUCAUGGUGAUACGGAGGUUUUUCUGUUUCCCAUAAAUAGAAAAUAAAAAAUUCAAACGACAAAUCUCAGCGAUG